CUGGGGCACUUCCUCCUUCUUGGCAGGGCUAGGCAGGGAGGAGGGCACUGGAGCUGGUGAGGAAGGCUAAGCACCGCCCCAAGGGAGCCCGGUAAAGGCUAGAGAGUGGCUAGUCUUCUACGAGACUCACUGUGGCUCCAGGUACUCAGACUGGGGGGGCAAAGGGAGGAGGAAGGGAAGAAACAGACAGACCGACCAGAGCAGAGAGAGAAAGGGAGACAGAGACACAGGGGAAAGGAGGGAAGGAGAUCGAAGGAGAAAGGGAGAUAGAGGGAGAAAAGGAGGGAGGGACAGAAACAGAGACUGACUGACCCAGGGACAGAAAGACUUGAAAGGUGUGUGGGGUGGGAGGCACUGAGAGACAGAAGGUGGGAAGGGGGUGAGGAGGGAAAGAGAGACCGGAUCUGGGGCCCAUGGGAAAGAAGAGGAUGGGGAGGGGCAGAGAGAGAGGAGCAAGAGAGACCCCCCCUGAAGACUGGCAGGUAAGGUUUUGGGGCCUGCGGGGUGGGCCCAGAGGUGACUGGCCAGGGCCUUCCUUCCUCACUGAGCCAGCCCUUGGCUGAAGCCAGGGACUGUGGUUUCACUUUCUGUUUGGGAUCCUGACUGAUACAUGAGCUGCAGUGUGUGUGUGUGUGGGAGGGGGGGGGUUGGGAGAGGGGGCAGGAAGGCAGUUUGGUCCCCGCUGCUACCUGGAUGGCUGUGUGACCUGGGGCAAAUCCCUUCCCCUCUCUGGACUGCCUUGGUUUCCUCCUUUGAAGAGAUAUUCUUGUCUAGAGCCCUAAUACUUCCACACAGUCUGUGCUUUGUGGUGAGAUAGCCCUGACCACAUGCCGCAUGUGAAGCGUGUGCCCACAACACACAGAUAACACAGGUGCCCUCCCGAGGCAGCUCGCCAACCUCUCUUCCUCUCAAGAACACCAUCAUGCCCCCUGAGCUUUCUCUGCUCCAGGCUGGACUCCAGGCCUUUCCUUGUCAGGCUUGGCCUCCUCUGGACUCUGCACCUUAUCAAUGACCGUCUUAAACUGUCAUGCCCAGAACUCAGAUGAGCAAGGUCUGACCAGGGCAGAGGACAGAAGAGAGAACACCAAGGCUGGGUGGGACCUGACUCACCCAAGAGCCGUCCAAGCCUUAUGGUGCUGGUGCUGCCCCUCCCUGGGGGGGACCUUGGGCUAAGCCUCUCCUCUCUGGGCCUCUUCAGUCACACUGACUUCUCAUCUCCUUGUCAUGGCUAACCUGGAGCAACAGUUUGAACCUGGAAUAACACCUGUGACCAAGCCAGAGCUCCCUUGCUUCUCCCCUUCGUCCCAGACCACAUUCUGAACAAUGGCUUUGGAUGCCAGGAGGGGGUCUCGGCGAGUACCCUUUGGCGAAUGGCUUCUGGGGGAAGUCAGCAGUGGCCGCUAUCAGGGGCUGGGCUGGCUGGAUGCCAGUCACACCUGUUUCCGGGUACCCUGGAAACACCUGUCCCGGAAGGACAUCAGUGAGGACGACUCAAGCAUCUUCAAGGCCUGGGCCAUUGCACGAGGUCGGUGGUGUCCUGACCCUGAUGGCAGUAACCCCCAGCCCCCGGAGGCCUCAGAGCGAAGCCACUGGAAGACCAACUUCCGAUGUGCCUUGAAGAGCACCCAACUGUUCACAUUGGUAGAGGACAGGUCCUGGGAUGAGCACGACCCCCACAAGGUGUUCACGCUCAGCCAGCCCCGGCCCAGGGCAGUGGCAGAAGUCGACAGGGGCACUGGGGAGGAGCAACCGACAGGCAUCGGUCACUUCGGAGCCCUGCACGAUGCAACAAUGACACAGGUGCAGGCAGGGUUCCAGGUCCUCUCUCUGGAUGGACAGGCUGCUGACGUCCCCAGUGCUGACCUCCUCCAGCUGGCCCUGGAGCAGAGUGAGCUGGCCGGCCUGGCAGAGGCCUCUGAGUAUUUCCAGGACUUUGACCAGGAGGAGUUCUGGAGAAAGCCCGAGGGCCUGUACUCCCAGUGGACAGAGCCCAUCCCCAGGGAACCCUGGGAGGCCCAACCAGGGCCGCUGCCAGCUCUCAGAGCCCCAAGAGACCUGGGCCAGCAGUCCUGCCUCCCAGGGGAAGAGCCUGCUCCCUGUGUCAGUGAGGCCGGAGCCUCCUGUGCUGCCCCCCCGCUGCCCCCGAGCAGCUCCCUCCCUACUGGCUUGGACGUGACAAUCCUCUACAAGGGGCGGGUAGUGAGGCAGGUGGCUGUGGCCCAGACCUGCUGCCUCCUCACGGCCAACAGCCCUGGCUCAGCGUUGGGGGAGUCCCAGGACCCCCCGCUCGUGGUCUUCCCCAGCCCGGCAGCCCUGAAGCUGGCGGACCAGAAGCAAGUGCACUACACUGAACAGCUGAUGCAGCAUAUGGGGCCCGGGCUGCAGCUGCAGCUUUGGGAGCAGAACCUUUGGGCCAAGAGAAUGGGGAAAUGCAAAGUGUACUGGGAGCUGAGCAGUGUCCUGGGGGCCUCCUCGGCUCCGGCCCAACCCCGCCUGCUCCCCCGGAACGAGCCCACGCCCAUCUUUGACUUCUCUGUCUUCCGCCAGGAGCUGGCCGAGUACAGGGAUCAGAGGAGACGCACCUCUCCCGACUAUACCAUCUACCUGGGCUUUGGACAGACUCUUUCCAGGAGGCCCAUGGAGAGGAACCUCAUCCUGGUGAAGGUAGUACCCAGGAUCUGCCAGCUCUGCCAUGAGGCUGUCCAACGGCAGGAGGGUAUCUCCUCCCUGGACAGUGGUGGCCUCAGCCUGCAGGUCUCCAACAGCCUCAGCCUCUAUGAAGUCUUGGAAAACUUCCUCAUGGAGACAGAAUACCCGGCCUAGAUUUGUGAACAAUCUAUCCAGGGCCUGACUGGUCUCUCGAAUGGGUCAGUCCUUGGCACUGCUCUCUCCUGUUCAAGCACACAGCUGGCUGCCUCACUUCUUAGCAAAAAGCCAGUGGCGGCUUCCUAUCUCUUGUGGCAAAAUAAAAAACCUGCUUCGGUUUUGCCUUUUGACUUCUCCAAUUGUGAUGUGUCCCCCCAUCUCCUGUCUGUCUCCUCUGCUCCGUGCAGCCAGUGCUCUGGCCAGCUCUGAG